CAGCGCUCACCUGUGAUCUGAAGGCUCCUCUCGCGGGGUCUGCCACUUGGGCCCCGAUUCCCCCGUUUGGUCAGGUUCUUCCUCCUGGUCUUGUUCAGGUGGGUUGCACGCCACAAGACCCAAGCAUGGGUCCGGCGAUGUUUUUGGCUGGCUGUGAAAGAAACGGUUGCUUGACUACACCCUUCAAGGCGCGCAUGUUCCCAAAUUUCGAGGAGACUUGCAGGGAGGGGGUCUGAUUUACUGUGCCUAACCCAUCAUCGUUUCUAUCUGCCCAGAUGUUGUCCCGACCCUGUUCCUAAUCUCCCCUAGUAUCUUCCGGCUCAACCUCAGCGUCGCCAUGUUCGGGCCGGCGUUUCUCGCCGUUGCGACGGCUUCAGCCUCGCUCGUCCUGGCCGAAACAGCAUGGCAACCCAGCCAGGUCAGCACGAGGAUAUGCCAAUGGCAGCAGCUCCGAGCGGCUGUCCUCCGGGACACAGUUUACCUGGACGGCGGGAAUCUAUGGUGGCAGCCGGGCUUCGCUGACGGCUCUGCUGGAAGCCCCGUCAAUGACAACAACCGGCUGGGCGUCAUAUACACGCUCAACUUCAGCAUUCCAUUCAAUACGACACAGAACGUAUCAGCCAUCCUGAGCACGCUGAGCACUGGCGGCGGAGACACCAACAACCGCGCGCCAAACUACGAAGAUGGCGCCCUGCUCGCCAACAACGAGCAGUUCUUCCUCUACGGCGGGCUACUGCAGCGGACGGCGAGUGUCUCCGACCCGCCGGGAGACUCUGUGCUUUGCUACGAAGGGUAUCAGUAUGGUUCGCCCAGGACCUUCAGCCCGAGCUUCAUCAACAAGGAGCUCGGCGACAACGUGACGCGCUACGUUGCCUACGGCGGAUCCGCGAGCGCCCCAUCCGAGAAUCUGGCCUGGUACUUCUCAGGGUUGCGCUCACCCAGCGGAGGUCCCAUCUAUACCAAGGGUGGCGCGACGGCAAGCACAUCUGCCGUCAAUGUGUCGAACUAUCUCAUCACGCUGGACAUGGCUGAGCAGCGGGAAGAAACAUUCACGAACGACACCCUGCCGGCCUACAUUCCCGGACGCGCAAACCCCGAACUCGUCUGGGUUCCCGUUGGGUCCCGCGGCAUCCUCGUUGCCAUCGGAGGCGUUCUGCAUCCCGACUUUAUCACAGUCGAGGGCAAUUCAACCGACCCAGAGGCCAGCACGGCGCAAAGUCCCGAGUUCAUCGCCACGGUCGAUAUUUACGACGUGGCUAGCAAAAACUGGUAUCGCCAGAGAACGAGCGGCGGUCCCCCUCAGCGCACCCGCGGCUGCGCCGUUGUCGCCAGCGCACAGGAUGGCUCGAGCUUCAAUGUCUACUACUACGGCGGCUACGACGGUCUGACUCAGAAUAGUGAGCCCUUUAGCGAUGACGUCUGGGUUCUGUCGCUGCCAUCCUUCACAUGGGUCAAGCUGGCGUCGAGCAGCAAUGAAGGACGCGCCGGGCACAAGUGCGUCAUGCCGUACCCAGACCAGAUGAUGGUCAUCGGAGGCUAUCCUCACUUUGAGGGUUCCACCCUAGGCUGUCUCCGGGAGACGAUCCGGGUCUUCAACCUAUCGACCGGUCAGUGGUUGGAUCGGUACGACCCUGCAGUCUACUCCAACUACACGGUCCCCAGCGCCGUGCAAGAGAAAAUUGGUGGAUCUGGCACGGGGGGCGCCACGGCGACAACCCCGAGUCCCUCGUGGGACGCGACCGAGCUCGCCAGCAUCUUCGCCAUUCAGUACCCGGCGAGCAAGAUCACUACAUACUACCCGUACGCCUCGGUCGGCCCGACCAACAACACCAACCCCCCGGCUCCGACAACUACCGUGGAGAGCUCAGGGGGUGGUCUCCCAUCGUACCUCCCACCUGUGCUCGGCGUGGUGCUGGGCCUGGUCUUCCUCACCAUGGUCGCUGUGCUGAUCCUGCUCUGGCGGCGCCGCAGGCUCCUGCGGGGUGGCACCAUGAGCGAGGCCGGUACCGAGGACACCAACGGCAACCGCAUCGCCUCGUGGCUGCGUGGCCAGCCCACUGCCAGCGAGGUCAAGGCGCCGACCGUGACCAGCUCGUCUGACUAUUCGCCGCUGAGCGCGACUGAUGUCGACAGUGUCGGCGUGCCGCAGCGGUCCAUCGCCGAGAUGAUGAACACUGAAGUGCCGUUGCCAGUCGAGUUGCCAGACACCUCCCCGCCAGCCGAGCUCCACUCCACCACAGCCACGCCCUCCUCGCUCAACAACGCAGCUCACUACCCAGCCACCCACCAAACCGACCACGCAUCAGCCCAACCCCCCUCCCCGCUCAUUGCCGGCCAGCACCAACCGCAGACAUCGUCGUCCCCAGUCGAAUCCCCGGUGUAUUACCCGACGACCUCUUCCGCAUUCACCUCCUCUCCGACAGGCACCUCCACCGUCGCCGGCACCUCCCCCCAUAGCAGAGAUUCCCACAAGGUCCUCUCAGGCAUCUCCAACCUCUCGGAGCGAGACCGGGCCCACCUCCGACAAAUUAGCGACACCACCGUGUCAUCGGUCACUACAGCGCCCGGCUACUACUCUGGGUCUAUCACUCUUGGCGGCGGGAACGGGAACGGCGGGAACGGCAAUGGUGAAAGGGAAAGGGAGCGGGAGCGGGUGCUCAGUCUCAGCGGCGUGAGCACCUUCAGCGGGGGGGCCAUCGUCGGGAGUCCGGCGCUGGUGUCGCCUCCUACGGCGACGACGGAGCCGGGGGAGGCGUUUGGAGGAGGGGCGGCAGGGGAUUAUUUGAGUGCCAGGCCGCUGCCUCAGCAGGGGCUGGGGCCUGGGAGUUCGGUGAGGAGGAGUGCGUUUUCAGAGGAUAUUAAUGGGGACGGAGAUGGAGAUGGAGAGGGGGGAGUGGCGGAGGGGGGAGUGGCGGAGGGGAGUCGGGGGAGGUGA